CUCUGGAAGAAUGUAUGAGAGAAGACGACCGUGACUUCUCGGGCGCAACGUAGGCAGCGCGCUGUCUCUUCGUUUCCCCUCUGUCUUCUAUUCCGGAGCUAUCGAAUACGACGAAAAUGAAGAAGACGCGAACGACUGCGGCGGAGCGCUCCCAACGCGCUCGGAAGCGACCCCACGAUGAACACCGCGGGCGAGGCCGCGAGCACGGCGGGGCGCGAGACCCUGGGGCUGGCGGCCAAGCGAUGAAGGGAGCGGAAAAGGGCCGAAAUCCCAAGCACCAGGCGACGCAGAAGCAAAUGUCUUUUCUCCAGGGAAAACACCAGCAACGCGUCGGCAAUGUCGUCAGUCGUUUAGGCCCUGCUGCAGUUGGGCAGACGACUUUGAUGGACAAGAAACGGAAGCUGUACAGCGACACCAGUCAGCAGCCUCUGUGGAGUUUGAGGAAGAUCACCAUCAACCCGACGGACAAGGACGACCUGCGUCGGUUCCCGUCGAACGCGAUCUACACGCACCGUUACUCGGCGAUGACUUUCAUUUUCAAGAAUUUGUGGGAGCAGUUUCAUCGCGUGAUCAACUGGUGGUUUCUGGUCAUGGCCAUCAUUCAGGCGAUUCCGCAGCUCCACUACAACCCGAACCACGCGUGGUCGACGGCGCUGCCUUUUGCGAUUGUCUUGGUCUUCGGCAUGCUCAAAGACGCCUUCACAGACCUAGGCCGGAGGGAGCGAGACCGAGUGUUGAAUCAGCGGGUGUGUUGCAUCGUAGACGGCCACACGCCGCAGCUGAGACUCCUUCAGUGGCAAGGCGUUCGAGUGGGAAACAUUUUGCGCCUGACAGACGGCGAAGAAGUCCCGGCUGACAUCGUAGUGCUGGCGACGUCCAACACGGACGGCGUGGCGUACGUAGAGACAAGCAAGCUGGAUGGGGAGACGAAUCUCAAGUUCAAGCAAGGCGUGAAGGAGACGCGAGGCGAGAGCUCUCCUCUGUCGAUUGCAGGGAUUCGGGGCCGUGUCGUAUGCGAAAAACCAUGCGCAGUGAUGGACGCCUUCACCGGCAGUCUGAAGCUCGACGCUCACCCACGAGCGACGCCUCUGGAUAUUGUGAACUUCAUUCAGCGAGGCUCUCACAUCCGAAACACCGAGUGGCUUUACGGAGUGGUCAUCUACACAGGUGAAGACACGCGGAUCCAGAAAAACGCAGCGCCGCCGGGGUUCAAGCGCCCGCACAUUGAGAAAGACAUCAACACAUACCUGUUCAUUUCCUUCUUCAUCGUCUUCCUCACGAUCCUCAUCUCGGUCAUGAGCAAGUGGAGUGUACAGGAACGAGACAGUGGGGACACAGGGGUGACCGAUGCGGGCGCUUCCUCCGGUUCGGGCUCGUCGAGCGGCGAGACGUCUCAGACCUACGGCAGCAGCGUCGAGUUCAUGCUCGGCUCCCGCGACUUGCUCCAAAAUCCGUGGAUGUCGAUUCUCCGCUUCCUCGCGGUUUACGCGCCCGUGCUGCCUCUCUCUCUCCCCUUGAUUCUCGACGUCGUCUACCUGCUGCAGUCCGUGUUGAUCGAGGGCGACAUCCACAUUCGCGGGGGGGGACGCACACCUGCCACUGGCCGGGGUAACGGAAGCACAAGUUCCAUGACUGUCGCAGACGAUGGACUGCCGGAUGGCGAGGCCGGAGGCCUCGACUCCGCCCACUCUUCGCAGAAUGCCUCCCUGCAGCAACCUCUCUCGAUUGUCUCUAAGGGAUUCAGCAAGACUCGCCGCUUCCUCUCUGAAAAGUUCUCUUCGCCAUCGUCCGGACAAAUUGGGGGUGGCCAGGACCGCCGCGAGACUCCACGCGAGGAUGACGAACGGGAAACGAACGGCGAAAACGUCCCGAGCGCCACUCCUCUCUUACCCGGUGGAGAAGCCGCAUGCGUGGCAACCGGCGAUGAGGAGACCCUCCGAGCCGAUGCCGAGGGCGCCCAAGAGCGCGACAGGGAGGCCGAGGGCAACCGCGAGCAGCUGAAGAGUGUUCCGACCGGGACUCACGCUGCUUGGCGCCCAGGGGCUCUGGACUCGACCGCAGAGGCGAACGAGGAUGAGGACCCCGACGUGUUGCAUGCAGAGAAGGCAUCCGGUUUCGGCGCGAGACGAAGCGACGAUCGCGACCGAAAGUCUUCUUGUUCGAGGUACCCGGAAACCGGAGGCGAAAAGACCAGCCACGCAAUCUCAGGCCGAUUCACCGGAUCUGUCAUGCCCAGCACCUACACGAAGUUGCAUGGAGAUAUCGCCAAUGCAGGUUUUGAGAGCGCGUGGCAACCGUACGCAAACGGACACACACACACGAGGACGCUCCUCCUCGCUACCGGAGGCGGCCCAAAUUCGCUGUGCGCCACCGGGAACUUCGAGAGAGAAGACGUUUGGGCCGAAGUUCACACCCCUGCGUUGAACCCCAACUUGGGUCAGGUCGACUUUAUCUUCACAGACAAGACCGGAACGAUCACUGAAAACGACAUGACUUUCAGCAUGUGCAGCGUCGCCGGAAAAAUAUACGGCAUGGCUUCCUGCGGGGGAGCAGGCUAUGAAGGCGCAGAAAGCAGUGAAUAUGGCUCUCGGGCUUGGACUGCGAACGAGACGUCGGCAAGAAGCUCGCGGGACAGGCUGGUACCUCAUCUUCAGCGAGGCACGAGUGCUGCCAGUUCUCGUAGUCAGAGCGCGCCUGCUUCGGCGAAUGAUGAAGGCACACCGAGGAGAAUCCCGACGCUGAUGUUGAGGCCUCAGACUCUCACCAACCAACAAACAGGGCAGCAGUCGCCCGUGUUGCCAGCGUCGCGCGAAGACGAAAAGGGAAAGGACGCUUCUCCUGGAGCCGCAGACUCACCGGCGUCGAGCCUCAGUGUCUCUCGCUUCUUCGGCUCCGUGUCUUACGAGGGCCGCCUGGAAGAGACUGGAAGCCAGAAGGAGGAAGACAGCCGAUCCGACAGAGUCUCGCUGUCUCCGUCGGAGGGCCGAGUCUCUGGGUCGCGGCCGCAACUCGCGUGCGAAGGGAUUCACGGCGCGACCCUGCGACGAAGAACCGUUGGAAUCCAAAGCCAACAUUCGUCGCAGAGUCUGCUUAGCAGCCGCCAGCAGUCGGAAGACGAGCGCCAGUACACGGAAGGCGAGGAGGGCGAGACAGAAGAUGACAGAAGCACAGUGUCGCGCCGAGGCCGAGAUCGGAUGUACUCGCGUGACUACCAUCGAGAAAGUCGGAGCUCGAGUCCUCGCGAUGGAGAGCUGAGUGACCGGUACCCUCUGCGGUGCAUCCGAAGUAUCGGCGAUGGAUACAUCAUUCGAGGUGGGAGAACUGGAAACGUGGUUAUGAGGCAUCCGUCAGGCAUGUCUUUCGAUUCGCGUCCAAGUUCGCAGUUCACCUUCUCAUCGCCCGUCGUCGGCGACGAUAGCUUCGAUGACUCUCGCCGUGCCAUGUACUUCGGACGAGGCUCACCUCGGAGUCUGACGCCGCCCUCUGAGCGGGGGACUGCGUCUCCGUCGGUUGGGGAGGAAGGGCCGCCGCUGUCUCCGCAGAUAAGCCCGACGGGGUCUGCGCGAGGACGGGUCCCUCGAAGCUCGAGCUUGUACAUGCCUGCGGUGGACGAGGGGGAAGAUCGAGAAAGGUAUUUUCGGCCUCGCCGUCGCAUGCUGCGUCCGGGCGCGAGCUUGCUGCCGCCGCUGUCUCCGUCUCCGAGCCGGGCAGGAGUCCCGUUUCUCUACGACAACAUUGACUUCCCCACGGGUUUCCGAGAGACACCGAUGGAGGGGCAGAUUCGGAGGAACUGCGACUUCUACGACGCCUCGAUCUUCACCGACUUGGCGCGCAAAGACCUGCGCAGCCACCGCAUAAAUGAGUUCAUCAAGUGCAUGGCCCUCUGCAACACAGUCGUCCCCUGGGUUUACACAGCGACGCCAUGCUCGUCAUCGUGUCCGGGCCUGCCGUCCACGGCGAACUUUUCCGUGGCUGCUUACCCCACAGGCGGAGGCGCGAAUUCGCUGUUCUCCUGCUCCGCCUCCGCCUUUGCGGGCCCCGUAACCCAGGGCUUCCCGUCUGUCACGCAUCCGGCGGCUUUGGCGUCGGACGGCGCGGCGGGUGCGGACGAGGACGAAGAGAAAAACGUUUCGCAGCUGCUCCUACCCUCAGGCACGAGCGCCUCCUCAGGCGCCCCCAGUGGACCCCGGGGGGAUCCCCAGCUUGUGUCGCUGCUCGGGAGGCAAGGGCAGGGCCACGGGAGCUUGGGGGCUCCAGGCAGCGGCCUGCCAACCUCCGGGUGCCUUGGCGGGGCUGGAGGCUCGGGGGCUCGGGGACCCAUGGGCCUCCACGGCUCCAGGCGAAGUCUGCCAGGCAGCAGCGAUUGCCGAGUCCCCAGUACGGCGAGGCCUGCCCCGCUCCUUGGCCCAGACGCUGCAGGAAGAGGUUUCGGACCGGACUAUGUGCCUUCGCCGCGGCCUCUCUCGCCUGCAGGCCCGCCGAAUGCGUCGACGGGAUCGUUGGGCGAGGCGCCGAAAGCUGAUAAGCCUGCGUCUCCAGAAGAGGCUGCAUCGCCGGGAAAGGAUGGCGAAGAGGCCCCCUCGUCUACCCCACGCUGCGUGUUUGCUCCCUCGACCUUGGUCCCGCCGUCUGUGUUGCGGUCGCACACGGGCGCGGGCGGCCUGCGACCCUCAAAGAGCUUGGCGCGGGGCGUUUCCUUCAAAGAGAAACAUGAGGAAUUUGCGUUUAGCAAAGAUGAAGACACGGCGACGGUCGACCAAGACGACACCCAGAGCGCCACAGAUGAGGAGCACGAUGUCGAGGGCGAGGAGGAAGAGGCGGGGAAGUCAGCCGAGAGGCUCACAAAAGCGAAGCGAAACCGCAGCGCCUCUGCCAGCCUCAUGAGUCUCAAGUCGAAAGUCACUGCGAGCGGCCGGGAUGUCGCCGAUCUUCUGUUUCGAAGAGGCUCGCGAGGCAACAGCGGCACUGACCCGGACCCUGCGUCGGCGCGGACAGUUGGGAGGUCCUCGUCUGUGGAGAGAGCGCAGCAGCCGCCGACUCACGGGGGGUUCAGCACAGUGACGGGGACUGGCGAAAGCCGAAGCAGUUUAGUCAGCAUCAUCAAGUACCAAGCUUCCUCCCCCGAUGAAGAGUGUCUCGUCUCGGCUGCCUCCCACAUGGGCUACACGUUAGUUUCGCGAACCAACAACUACGCGAUUUUGAACAUCAACGGACAAGAGCGACGGUGGCAAAUCAUCGGCGUUAACGAAUUCACUCAAAAACGUGGCCGCAUGAGUAUCGUCGUCAGACCUCAAGAAUGGACUGAGGGCUCCAUUCUCUACGUCAAAGGCGCGGACGUGGCGAUGUUGGACCUUCUGUCUACAUCUUUCACGCGAGGCCACGACUUUCGGCAGAGUUUUUCGUGCCUGAGUCGAUACGCGGAGAGUUUUUCUGGAGGGCGUGGACCUCAGGUGUCGCUAUCGCGGCUCCAAUCCAACGCCUCCACCAAGGGGUCAGGAGGCCCACCGGUGCGCCGCUCCGUCAGCGGCAGCGACCCGCGACUGCAGCCGAGCCGGUCGGUGUCGCUGCCGCGCACGGUCCCGCCGGGCCAGGAGACCCCCAUGGCGGGAGACCAGCUGGAAGGCCCCGAGGCGGCGGAGACAGUCAACCCCUCUGGACAAACGUACAGCCAAGGCGAGGAGGAGGAGGGACUGCGGAGUCGCCUCGCACGCGCAGACUCGAUGCUAAGGUCUCUGAACCCUGCGCUGUACAACUACGACAAACAGCACCAACGCGGACAUGGUCCAGAAGGGGACGAAGGAAGCCAUGAGCUCGAAGGGCACGACGCACACACUGGCGACAGCCAUGGCGGGCACCAUCGAGAUCAAGCCGAGCCACGAGCUGGAGACGCCGUCGGUCCCGAAUCCGCGUCGCGCCUCCCUCAGAAGACACAGAAUCGCCUUCCGCAGCACUUGGGGAACGCGGGAGUCUGCGCCCAUGGGCAUGCCUGGACACCUUCGGAAGAGAACUACUGUGCGGCGUUUUUCGACGACGAUGAAGACGAGCUGAUUGCCCUCGGAGACAUCGCUCUAGUCGAACAGCACCUGAAACGGUUUUCCCUCCAGGGGCUCCGCACGAUGGCCCUCGCAUGCCGAUACCUCACGCAAGAAGAGACAGAAACGUACAAACGCCUGUACACGGACGCCUGCGCAAGUGUCUACUGUCGGGCAGAGAGACUCGAAGAAGUGGCUGAAGACAUGGAACGCGAUUUAGAGUACCUGGGAAUCACUGGAGUCCGCGACAAACUCCAGGAACAAGUCCCCGAAACGCUGCAACUCAUGAUGGAAGCUGGAAUUCGCGUCUGGAUGGUCACUGGUGAUAAUGUAGAAUACGCUCUGCACAUCUGCCACAGCUGCCGCCUCCUGACCUCGCGUACGCGCAUCUUCCACGCGGCCUUGGAGUUCAGCGGCCGAAAAGCCAAGCGCGAAGGUGUGAUGCUUUACGAGCUUUUUCGCAAGGCGAGGAGGCUGAAGCGAAGUGACGAACACAUUUGCCUCGUUGUCACGGGUCCGAAUCUGCGGACGUUCUUGAACCAUCCAGAUCUCCAGACGUACUUCCUCAACAUGGCUUGCUGCUCGGAUGUUGUCGUCGCCGCUCGUGUCACGCCGUCCCAGAAAGCAGAGAUGGUCAGGUUGGUGAAGAAGCGCCUAACUCCUCAACCCAUCACCAUGGCAGUAGGAGAUGGAGGAAAUGAUGUUGCAAUGCUUCAAGAGGCUCAUGUUGGCGUUGCGAUUCGCGGGAAGGAUAGCGCCGCAGCUGUUGCGGCGGCCUACGCGGAUUAUUCCUUCACAGAGUUCAGGUUCCUUCAGCGUCUUUUGUUCGUCCACGGCCGUUUGAGUUUGAUGCGCGUUUCGACAGUCAUUCUUUGGAGUUUCUUCAAGUCUCUGUGCAUUGGCCUUCCAACUUUCCUGUUUCAGCCCCAGGCGUUCUGGUCUGCUGUCGAGGUGUACGAUCCUCUGCUCCUCAUGAUUGUCGACUUCUUCUGGACGACGCUCCCAGGCAUCAUUCAUGGUUACAGCGACCAGGAUCUGCCGACGCACCUUCUUCCCUCUGUGCCUGUCCUCUACACACCGGGGCGACGGCGACUGUAUUUCAACGGCUUCCGCUUCAUUCUCUGGACUGUCGAAGGCAUUAUCUACUCGUUUCUCAUCUUCUACCUCCUUCAGGCGACGUGGAUGGACGGCAACACCUUUCACGAUGGCCAAGUCCUUGGGUUCCACAGCUACGGCAUUCUCCUGCUCUUCGGCUCGCUUCUGCAGUCGAAUGUUCGGAUCAUCCUGGAGACGAGUCUCUGGACGCCUACGUUCCUUUUCACAACCAUCGUCCUUUGCACAAUCAUGUUCUUCCCGACGGUACUUUUGUACUCUGUCACGGGGUGGCCGCGACGCUACAUGGAACUCGCAGGCCGCGUCGUUUUUGCCUGGCCCAUGCUCUACUUCUUAAUACCCCUCUGGGUAUCCAUUGGCAUUCUCGUGCAACUGCUUCUUCAGGUCUUCACUUCUUCAUUGUUCCCAAAUAUCAGCGGAUCUGUAAAGCAGUAUCUCGCGCAAAAGCAGGCGGAUGUCAACUACCGCCGAAAAGCUUCUAAACACCCUUUCUCGCAGCCCCGACCUCGACUCCUUCCAGGCGGGCACGAUGAGUACGGCUUGUUCUGCGGCAUGGGCUCCUGCUGGAGUUUAUUCAAGAGGAGUUUGUGGUUCAUGGGUGGCUGUUGCUUGAUGGAUACACCGAACGUCGCCGAUGACUUCACCGCUUCUCCGGCGCUUUGUGCCGAGUUGCGUGAGCGCUUCAACCCUCUGCGUCGGAAGAGUGUCGCGGAUCGUUUGCCGCCGCCCCGGCGCUUCCGGAUCAACGAAAACUUCCUCUCCUACACAGGAGCAUCGGACGAGAAAGGUGCUGACGGAGUCCAGCGAGACUUGGGCGGGAAGGGCAGCGCCUGUGGGCCAGGCGCUGCGGGCCUCACGGCCGGCACUGGGGCGCCCGGCGCCGGGAGAAGCAAAUCCGUUUUCGGAGGCGGAGGCGGUGUCAUGCCCAUGGCCGACAUGGCCGCAGAUUUGGAGACCGAAAACAGCUUGUCCAGCAACGGCUCGGAACAGGAGAAGGCUGGAGACAACGUCACGAAACUCGUCAAGGUUUCGCACCUCAUCAACCGCUUCACUCUGCGCUUCAAAGACAUGCAACUUGAAGCCGACUAUCAAAUACACAACAAGAAGUCGUUCCUCAAAAGACUCGUGCCUUGGUACCGCGUCAUCUUCAUGUUGAUUGCCUUGUAUCAACUUCUGAGCUUCUUAACGGAAUAUUUCAUUGACAUCCACUGGAACCCAGGCGAGACAGAAAUGGAGCCCUGGAUGUGUGUGCCGACGUUGGUGGUGGAAAUCGGAUUUGCCGCCGUCGUUGUCUGCACCUUCUACGAUUUUAUUUUCCUCGACCAUUUUUCGCUCAUUCUCAAUUCAAUCGUCUUCCUCAUGGUUUCCUCCAGCAUCGUCUUCUACACCGCCUCGCAUGUUGACGGCACCCUCACGUCUGUUCUCUUUCCAGUCUUCACCUUCGUUAUUCUUCGCAUUUCCUUCCUCCAAGCUGUCGUGUGGAACAUUCUCUUCCUCAUCGUCACCGUUGCCCGAUUCAUGCUCGAUAAGAAGUACUUGCCCCCACUAAAUUUCGUCCACUACAUUCCACUGUUCAUUGGCAUAGACGUCUUUGUCGCCUUUGUCGGUUAUCGCCUGGAGUACAACCAGCGCAAGUCGUUCUUGCUGGACUACUCAGUGGACGCGUCUCGCAGGAAGCAACGAGAAAUUCUCAACACGAUGCUUCCCUCCUUCGUCGUCGACCAGAUGAUUAACUCGGAACUCAACGAAGAAGGGAUUCCGACGUCCCUCAAGGCCGAAGACAGAGGAACUGUGUCAGUCAUUUUCUGCGAUGUCUACGAAUUCCAGCAUGUCGUCGCAUCCAUCGAACCGACGCGUCUCGUCGAGGUCUUGGAUUCUCUUUUUCUCUGCUUCGACCGCAGUGCCGAACAGUUUGGUUGCACAAAAAUCGAGACCGUCUUCGAAACCUACCUGGCAGCCGCCGGCCUCCAGCCUGGUCGCGAAGCAUCACCGGCAUCGUACCAGCAAGACGCAUGCGACGCCCUCGACAUGGCACUGGCGAUGCUGGAAGUCGCUGCACAGAUUCGCUACGAAGUGAAAAGCAAUCAGGGAGUUUUAUCGGGGUCUGCUGUCGGCUCGAGCUCAGCCGUCGGCCCCGCGGUGUCUGCCUCCAAUCUUGAGGCUUCGGGCAACCACAUGGAGCCUCGGCUUUCUCUCCAUGGUCACAACUCUGGUGUCGCCAUGGGCAGUCGCAUGAACAGCAGCCGGUUCCACCGACAGAAAACAGGCAGUGUCGUGCGCACUGUCCUCCAGUCUCGUCCGCAAAGAAUUCGCGUAAAGAUUGGAAUUCACUCAGGUCGUGUCAUCAGUGGAGUCGUCGGGGCCAAGAAGCCCCAAUACGCGCUUUUCGGAGACACUGUCAACACAGCAAGUCGUAUGAAGACCACCGGACAGCCGGGCUACAUUCACAUUUCUGAGGAUUCCUACGAGCUUGUCAAGGGGGACGAUACUCUGGAAUAUGAAUCACGACACACAGAAGUCAAAGGCAAAGGUCUGAUGAACACCUAUCUUCUCGUCAGAGUCAAAGGUUCGCCUUACCCUCACUUCGACGAUCAAGAAGCAGACGAGGGAGACGUGAUCUCGGAAACAGGAGGCCAAAACGGCGAGUCGCGGCGGUCGACCGCUUCCCUGCCCAGGCAGCUGGAGACUGCGGGUGCGUCGUCGGGUGUACAUACGGGCGAGGCGAUGGGCUGUUUCGCUUCUGUGGGGUCUCGAGGAGAGAGUCAGACAGCGGCAGAUGCGGCGGCGGCCGAGGCGAUCGAAGAGGAUAUCCAAGUGGAGAUCGACGAGGAAGGCGUCGUGGAAGACACCGUCGAAAAGGCAGUGGAAGAUGUGCGACGUCUCAGGAACGAAGGGUCGCACGCAGUCGCGAGCGACGACUUCCCAGUCUCUCAGGCCGGUGCAGCGCAGCCGCGACGCUGCUCCCGCUUCCUCUUCCAAAAUGCGGAGGAGCAUGGAGCUGCAGAGCCUCAACGAGGAGAGGGCGCGCGCUUGAUUCUCUCCCCUGGACAGACAGAGGGAACGCGUCAAAGCGAGAAAGAGGGAUCGGCUCUCGGCAGCAACAUCGCUGCGAGUGCACGCGCAGAUCGCAGGCCUGCCGGGCGGCGAGAGGAUUCGAGAGGAGACAGCCGCUUCGACUACGAGUCCAUGACAACACAGCAGCUUCUGCGAAUCUACAGGAGACAACAGAAGGUCGCCAAGGUUCUCCAGUGGAUCGACGAAGAACUGAGAGGGCAGCGCGAUACAGCGCACAGACACGCAAGGACAGCGGACAUCGUCGCGAAGCUCCUCGCUUCGUCGGGAGACGAGCAGGCAGCUGGAGAGAGUUCGGAAGCAGACCACGACGAAGUGCCUCUGGACGAGAUCAAGGAGGAACUGCGGCGACAAGCUCGGGAGGCGAACGAGCAGGAACCCGCGAAGAGGUCCGGGGGAGACGCUCCACCCCACACACCUACACGCAAGGCCCUUCUCAAGGCCUUUCGCAGCGAAAUCGUGCAUGGAUGCGCGGCUCCCACGGAAGAAGAGAAGACUGCAAAGGAAGGCAGAGAAUCUGAAGUGGCUCUCGCCUCUCCAGAAACCGAGUCUCGAGACGCAAAUGGCCAGCGAGUUUCCGAAAGGGAUGCGUCAGAUGCCCGAGAGGGCGGCGCGUCUCCGCAACCGGACCACGCGGCGCCUCCGUCAGGGCUACCGCAGGGAUUGAAAGGACAAGAGACAGAGAAGCAGCAAGGCUGGAAACUGUUUCGUUCUGCGAGUCUGGUGCGCGCCGCCGGCCAGUCGUUUGCUUCUCUCUUCAGGCGGCGCAAACCGGCCGCUCCUUCUGAAGCUGCGAGCCCCUCAAGUGCGGACACACCCAUGGAUAGCCGCGUCUCGCCGACGUCGGUCGAUGACGAAGACCUGGAGCAAAACAGAGUGACGCGAAUCGGCGUAUCGAGUGAGUGGCUGCUUCUCAAAUUCAAAGACAAGAAUCUCGAGGCGCGCUAUCGAACGCACUUUUACAACAACAAGUCCAACAUUAACACAAUUGAACAAGCCCUCAUCAUCUUUCUUGUGACCUUUUGCGUUCAAACGCUGACACGGCUGGCGCUGCCGCGCUUCUACGUUGUUUGCUCUCAUCACACGAUCAACCUCCACGUCUGCACAGGCCUUUACUGGGCGGUUCGCGCGACGUACACCUUAGCCGCGUUCGUCCUCUGGAUGUUGUUCCACUACCGAAACCGAAAGGAGGUGGCGACAUGUUUGGAGCUUCGCUGGAUGGUUUUCCUUCUGAAUUUGCUGUUUAUUUCUGCGUCGUGUGUCUUCGCACUCUCGAACUCCUGGGGUGUCUGCGGACAGCAGCAGGAAGACCAUGGGGCAUCCGAGACCGCCGUGGAGAACACCCUGGUCGCUCUCUCGCAUCUUGCGAAAGACGGCAGCUUCCCGGCCGACGACGCAGAAGUGAACAGCGUCGCCGGCUCGCCUCUCGCUCAGGCCAUGCACUCUCCCUUCACCACGGCAGGCGUCUCACGAGCCUCCCGAAUGCUGAGGAGUGGAGGCGUCAGUGUCUCCGGAGGAACGGAUUGCACGGGUGUCGGCACCUCGGGUGAAGAGGGAUCCGACCUCGUGACUGCCAACGGGAGGGCCUACACCUACUGGCUUCUCAGCGACACGAUUGAGCUCUUCUUCUACAUCGUCAUUCUCCACCACAACACCGGUCUCUUGUUCCAAAACUGCAUCCUCGUCGAUGUCCUGCUGAUGACGAUGAGCUUAACGUUCAUCAUCACCACAGCCAGGGAAACCGCGUCGACAGUCAGCACGAUUGCCACCUUCCCCUGCUACGUCUUCUUCAACUUGGUCAGUGCAUACUGCAAAGAGUACAUCGAUCGUCUGACUUUCUACGUGAACGAGCAUGCCAAGACGACAGAAAGCCGUGCGACGCAGCUUCUCAACGAUAUGCUUCCGAAGCAGGUUCUGGAGGAGUUUCAGCAGGACAAGCUGAAGCUCGCGUAUCUCCACGAGAACGUGACUUUCCUUUUCGCAGAUAUUUGUGGGUUUACAAGUUGGGCAAAGGGUGUGGACGCUUGCGAGGUCGUAACAAUGCUGCAGAAACUCUUUGCGAAGUUCGACAAAGACAGUACCAAGUUCGGCCUGUACAAACUCUGCACCAUCGGAGACGCUUACGUCGCUGUCUCCGAACCGGUCACCGCAGAGAAUGCUCAAGACACAGACCCCCGAGAGGGCAUGUGGCUUGUCUACGAGAUGGCUAAGGCGAUGAUCGGAAACAUCACCGAAGUUCGAGAGCGUUUGUGCAUUCCCAAUCUGAACAUGCGCAUAGGUCUGCACUACGGAAGCUGCGUAGGAGGCGUUAUCGGGAGUGGACGCCUUCGUUACGAUUUGUGGGGAAUGGAUGUCUUGACGGGGAACAUGAUGGAGAGCAACGGAGUUCCUGGAAAAAUCAAUGUCUCGGAAAUCCUGAAAAACGAAAUGGAAAAAGGCUUUCCAGGAGAAUUCGUUUUCAAGUUCAACAAGACAGUAGCGGUCUUGCAAAGCACCGUCGACUCGUACCUCAUUCGCCCUGCGAAGGAUUUCGACGAAGACGAAGAACUUGCGGCAGCGGCGGCGACGAUGGCUGUUGCAGGUCCCUCUGCCUCUCUUCAGCAGGGCGGCGGUGCGAUCCCUCAAGUGCAGGCGGUUGCCUCUGGUCUCCGCAGAGAUGCUACAUCCAUUCGAGGAAAUUACCGCAGGAGAUUCACCAUUCUUGGCAGUGCGCCGCGCGUUCUGGGACGCCGACAGUCUCUCAGGGGUCACCAGUUCAGUGCACUCGCUCUCGUGUCACACGGCGAUUCUGGACCCAGCGACGAACCGCGCCAUCUGGGAGACGAAGGGCAAGCAGCUGGUUCUGUCACUUCUCAUGAUGGACCACUGCGUGAGGAGGUUGAGGACGAUGAGAUCGACGGCCUCAAGCAACUGAGGAAGGAAAUCGAGCGUGCUGGAGGUCUCGGUUUGGACGCGUCGCCUUCGGAUAUAGGGUCGACACCUGGCUCUGCACUCGGGUCGUGAAACGCAGCUUUUGUCAGCGUUUCUUUUUUCAUUUCAUUCUCCACUUCUUCGCGAAAAGCCGUCUUCCUUCGACAGGGCGACUGCUCCAAGGUUCUGCGUUGCUCCAGAGGCGGGUCUGUGUCCUGCCGCUUCGGGCAGUCGAGACAGACAGAGGCGGCAGGUGUCUCGUCACGGCCAGAGGAACCAGAAGAGGAAAGGAGAAAAGGAACAGGACUGUGCGCACCCGGGAGAGAGAAGAGCGCUGCCAGCUUCGUCAACGCAAAAGGCAAAAGGAAGGCAGAAGCAGGGAGGUGGAGAGACUGCGGAUGUGCCGAAUUACCUGCUGUGCCAUGUUUUCCUGUUUCCAAACACGGUUGCUGUGUGCAUUGACCGCAGCGGCGAGUCGCCCCUAGCAGGUUCCAGUAUCCUGCCUCCACGGUAGCGCUCGCUGGCUCGCAUUCGGUCGUUUUUCCGAUUUUAUUUUGCUUUCAUUCUGCGCCUUUUUCUUUCCGUGUGGCAUCAUCUCUUCUGAUGAGUCAGCGUCCUUCGAUGUUCCGCUUGCUCUCGUCGUCUUCUGGCUCCGAAAACCUCUCGCACUUGUCGUAUGGCCCUCUUGAUUCCUGUCGUUGCUCGCGAUGCGCCCCGCGUGACCGUGCGCGCUGUAUGUACACCUCAGACGCGCUUGCGUGGUCUUGUGCCACUGAACAGGGUCAAGGCGAAUGCGCUUCUGUCAGUAAACGUCCAUAAAUGCAUUUGCAGAGAGAACGUGUGCAAACGCAUGUUGUCGCUUCCUGAACAUUCCUCAAAAAAAAUCCGUUUUCUCGA